AGUCCCACUGUAAACUACACUGUGACCUGAUGGCUGCUGCGGAGAAUAAUCAUUUUAGUAAAAACGUCAUUUUAUUGAGGCUUGAGGAUUGUCAAAGAAGUAAUGGAAGCGUGUUAAUCCCCAACACUAUCGAAAUGGCAAGAAUAAGAAGGCCAGACACAGGACAGUAUAGACCAAAUGUUCAGUUUUCUACAAACAUGUCGGAGCAGAUUGUGCAACAAACACUCCAGAACUCGUUUCCAACCUUUGACUUAAAUGAAGGGUUUUCAUGUGCAGGAAUCAAUAAUCAAAGCAACGCAUUUAAUUUUCAUGGCGACCGGCGUAUUUGGGAUGGAUCGACGAUCAGAAGGAAUUUAAGAGGCAAUUCUGUUCUCUACAUUGUUAUGAGUGAACCUACAUAUGAUUAUCAGUAUUGGACGCAAUGGUUACGCGACAACGUACAUUAUGAAGCUACGAUAACGCCUGCGCAAAGUCCAUUGCAGGGUGGAGAUCCUUUCAAGGUUACAUUUACUCCAGCUCUUGAGCAAACGGUCACCUCAGGGUUUGCUAAAUUCAAAAAGACAGACAAUGUUUUCGCCACUGUUGAGCUGGAAAGAUCCGCAAGGUUUGGUUACUUACACGGAUCUAGCAUUCCAGCUGCACCAGAACCUGGUUUAGCGGAUGUAGAAAUUGAAUCACAAGGGAGGAUUCUACUAGGGUCUACAAGAAUAUUUUAUUACCCAAAUGAAAGGCAGACAAUUGCAAUGGUCCACUUUGAAGAAUCAAGCAUGUUUAGAAGACUUUGUGAGGAUAUGAGCGAGAACUUUCGUGGUGCAAAUAGCACCAGUACUGGUAGACCUCAGACUUCUGCAACUUUUGGACACGCGCAGCAAGUCCAGUUGUUAUGCUUCUUGGUUUACACAGCUGCAAAAGAGGGAGCACAGCAUUUUGUUGAGAUGAUCUUUUCCUGUUCGGCUGGAAGGAUUGUGUUUGAUGCUUACAAGAGUAAUUCACAAUUGCCAGAGGUUAUCGCCAGGGAACAUGGAAACUUAGGGAUUGCCCGUUACUUUGAGAACAUAACAGAAAGACUUUUAAAAGAAUCAAGCACUGGCAAAGAAUGCCCAAAGGCUAUUGAUUGGUCAGAACUAGCAAAAGCUACUGACAAGACUCAACAACAACUUGACUUGAGCAACAAAAUGAAACGCAUUGUGAUGACUGAAAAUUCUGACGACUCAAACAAGUCAACAACUGUGGAAACAUCUUCCAGUAAAUUAUCAGCCUCUGAAAGCUUGGGAUCUGAGGAGGCUGCGGGAACAAAAUCUGAAGUGAAAGAAGACAUCCAGACUACAUCGGGUGCCUUUGAGAAAAAAUGGGAUACAAUGGUGGAAAAUCAAAAAGAUACGAAGAGUUUGUUAGAACAUUUCUCUGAACAUGAAAUGGAACUGGAUGGGAAAGAUUUGGCGGAAAUUCAAAAAGAGAUGAUGGAGAUGAGUUCGGAAUUUCUUAAAACAGCCAAUAGUUUACGUGCAGCAGCUGCAAAACUUGAACAGGUUUUGAAGGGCUGCCAGAUGACACGUAUAGCUGGCACAAGUGCAGUACUAGGAGGAAUGUUAAUUAUCGGUGGUGGAAUCUUUAUGAGCCUGGGAGCCGCCGCGCCCAUUCUAGCUACAGGAAUUGGUGUCGCUCUUUGUGGAACUACCGCAGAAUUUGGGGCAGAUAUUUACGAGAAGGUUAAAAAUUUGAUAGAGAUAAAAAAGGCCGAGAAGCUCUUGAGGAAGUUAUUAAUGGUCAUCGACGAAAUUGGCCAGAGUAAGUUAGGCAGAAAAAAGGAAAAAAAUCUGUCGUACCUUCACUACCUAGCUCAAACCCAUGAGCUGAAUGACCCAAUUAGAGAGAUGCUCUCCGGACCAUUCGAAUUUAAAAGAAAACAAGCUAUGAAUACAAAGGAAGACACUAGGCAUGCUCCCAAGGUAUUUGUGCCAAUAGGUACACAAGUGCCCCCCAAAUCAAAUUUUAACGCUCGUUCCUCCAAAGCUGCUUCAAAAGCAGAAGGCAAGUCUUCAGUUGAAGUACCUCUCGACGUGAAAAAGAUCAUAUGGGACACUGAGGUGCUGGGCUCCACAAUCAGAGCUGUCAUCGAAAUCAAGGGGUUUAACGCACCUAAAGUUCUAAGAGAAAAGGCCGGAGAACUCGAGAAAUUGGCUUUAUUGAAUGACAUAAUUAUGAACGCUCGAAAAUCUGAUAAAUCUGCCUAGUUAAAUAUUUAAAUGAUAAUAUUAUAUUGUCGCCACUUAUUUAUCUGCGCCUUUCGCUCACUCAACAAAAAAACUUUAAUUCUAGUUUAUUCAUAACUCGUUUUUGCUUUCCUUAAACAUUUCCCAAAAUGUUGAGGCACUUCGAUGCAACAUAAAUGCACUGCUGAUAAUAAUUUUGUUAAUGAAUCAAGGAACCACUUCCCCCCUCCCCCCACUACUUCGGAAACCCUCCCCCCUUGAAACUUAUUUCAAAGUUGGUUUAGUGUUCGUAAAAGUUUUGGGUAUGGCCCUCUUUAAUGAGGGGAGGGGGGGGCUGAAAUGGGGGAAGAAUCAAAUCCACAGGAUUAUAGAGACGUGAUUUCAGCCCCAAGACAAGUAUUCUAAUUGAGUAUUCUGAGGAAAUGAAGAUGACGGUUCAUAUAUGAAGUUAAAAUUAAUAAAUCUGGAGCGGGAGAGAAGGAAAGUCGCCGGCAAAUUACGAAAAGCUGUAAAUUCUU